CCCACACUGACGGUAGGCAGCGAUGGCCUUGUCAGUCAUCGCGGGACGCCUGCUGAAAGGAGCAGGACACUCGCAGCCGCCACCAAGCACCCAUCAGAUACCUAGCCUGCAUCUUACACCACAUCAGACUGUUCUCUCGUUUCCGGUGGCUCCGCUUCGAGACGACGCCAGUCAGAUUUUGAACUCGCAAGGCAUGCUUGGUAGCCAUAUCGGUGAGCCCAGAGGACACUCAGUUGCCAAUUCCUGGGCAAACCCCCGGCCUCUGUCCGACAUUCGUGAAGUCACUGAAUCGAGCAUCGCCGACAGCCUGCCACGCAAUCUCCUGGCCAGUUCCCUUCCUCGCGGCACCUCCCGCGCGGACAUGUCACCCAAGCCAUCAGCCGCGUCAAAGCGGCGCCCAAGCAACGACACGCAACACGGUGAGAAUGUGGAGCCCAGCAGAAAGAACAGCGUCGAAAGCAAUGGCCUGCGAUGCCUUCAUCGAGGCAGAUGUUCGAGGUCCCCAUCACCACCAAACAUGGCAGACAACGAUGACAGCAAGAACAGCGUAUACAGCAUCCCUGCCGGCACCGUGCCACCACGCUCAUCAUCUAGAUCUCGUGCACACAGCGCUCCCAGGCCGCGCCAGCUACAGCAGGCACCACCCAUGAACAUGAUACCUGCUACGGUUACAAAGACGCCAAGCGCCGUACAGAACCGGCCCCCAUCACCACCCAAAACAAGAACAAAUGUCAUCCCCAACUGCGGUCAUUCACACUCUCCGAUUCGCCAUAUCGCUGCACGCUUUGACCCCAUUACCCAUGACACCAACAGACGUAUCCCCUCCAAGACAUUUGUCCGCGAGCCACUGUCCAAGGAGAUUUUAGAAUUCCCCUCGCAUCGCCACCCUCGAAUAGAGCUCGGCCUUGACUUAUCCGCCGGCAUAUUUGUCGGGGGUGGAUCCAUCGAAGGGACCGUGCAGAUCAACAUUGAUGACGCUGAGCGUAUACGCCACAAGAGAACUCUAGACAUAGCUCGGAUAUCCAUCGACCUCCUCGGUACCGAGGAAGUCAGCGGCAACAGACGAGCCGUGUUCCUCAAUCUAGGUACAGAGCUCAUCGAUGAGGAAAAUCCCCCGCCCCAGAACAUGGUAGACACACAGGUGCCAAUUAGUCCGGAAAAUCUAUUCUGGCAUCUCAUGCCUUCUAUGACCAAUCUUGCUUUCAACCUUAGUCUUCCGCUCAACGUCGGUCCGCCUCCAUUCUAUUCCAAGCACGCAAGGAUUCGCUAUGUGCUUUGCGUCUCCUUACUCAUCCGGGACCAAGGUAAGCAGUAUAUUGUGAGAACCUCUGAAGAUGUAACGGUACUGUCAGUGUAUGAUCCUGAAAAGGCACUCAUGUCGCUGCCCAGUCCAUUGACCGCAUCCGACGAGUGGAUCAGGCCGCGCGAGACAACGGUCGAGGUAGUCCGGGUCACUGCAGGCUUGCACCGACAAGUCUGGGUCAGUGGUACAAACCUCUACGUCGAUGUACAUAUCGCCAACAAUAGCCGCAAGACGGUCAGAAAAAUUGAACUUCAGCUGGAGAGAGACAUUCUUUGUUACAAACACGCUGCUGCGUCCACUAUGGAAAGGUCUGCGGGUCAGGCUCGCAUCUUCGACAGCAACGAGCGUUCGAUACUAAGUAAAGCAAUGGUGAAGCAUGGCUCUGCCGGCUGGCAUGGCGUACCUACCUGUCAAACUCAUCUCCGCACUUGCGACCUGGAAGUGCCCCGUGGGCACGCCACCGUCAAGUGCGGGAAAUACUUUGAAGUUCGAUAUUUCCUCAACGUGAUCGUCUGUAGUGCACAUACAAAGCUCGUUACUGUUCAACUGCCCAUUGUUCUUAUCCACAUGAACUCGCUCGAUGUAGUACCCAACUCUGUCGCCCAAGUCGCCCAGGCUAUCGAAGAAAAGCGUACAGCACGCCAUUCACCACGCCUCGGUCGCCGACCCUCCCAAUCAGUCCAAGGCCGCGCAUUUGCAGCACCACGUCUACAAUCACUGAAACGCAUGCGCGCCCAGGAAGAAGCCAUCCAAGAGCUGAGUCAAGCCCUGGAGCAAAGCCCUCGCAAGUACGGUCUCCGCCGCGCCAACUCAAACUUCGACUAUCACACCCCACCUUCGAAUCGUAAAGGCAGGAUUGUAGGAGAAGGCGAGGCAGCAGAUCUUCAAGAUCGUCUGCGCCGCGUUCGGUCUAAUGAAACGCUUGGCUCCAGGCCUCCUACCUUACAUAGAGUAAAUUCGGCCAUGUCAAGGCGAGGUGCAGCAUCAGCAGUUGGCUUCCGAGAAGCCGAAGUUCGCGAAGACAUGGAGCUUGGGGGCCUGGGUGCGUCUGGCGAUGGACCGCUACAAGAGAGGCUGGGACGACUCAGCGACCGCCAGUACCGGUUCAGCAAAAAGAGGAGUGUUGAAAAGUGGAAGGACGUGGCCAAUGUUGGCGUUGGGUGGCUGAAGGGCGGUAGUGUCAAAGACGAGAGAGACAAAGACGGAUGGGUGUGA